UCUAUACCUUUCUUUUCCCUUUCUGCUUUCUUUUAGAUUCAAUUAAAAUUAUCAUUCCAUUUCCAUCCUUAAUCGAACUUACAUUAUUCUAAUCAUAAAGUAAUCUGAUUCAACAUAUAAUAAUAAAAACAUUAUUUCAUAUAUUCCUUUCACGUUCUUCUUUAUUUGCCUCGAACUUUAAUUUCUUCACUCUCCCUUUUCAGCCCUUCGCAUAAGUAAUGGAAUUACACAUUCAUAGGCAACUUAUAGGCCUGCUCAACUUAAAGCUAAGCUAAAGAGGUUGCUUUACUUUUUGGGAUUCUCAGCUUCCAAUUGCUGUUUUCUUUUCCAAUGCGAUGGAAAAGGAAGAACAGCCCGAGUUUUGUUCUACCCCUGAUCUUGAACACCAAGCCAAUGGAAUUUCAAGUAAGAAUGAGAAAAGUGUAUCUGAUGGGACAGAUGCAGCAAAAAAGGCCAAAUCUGGAAGCCAAUUCUUAGAGAAUGGGGCUCCCCAUAAUCAGCAUUACACUGCGCUUCUUCAAAGAGCUCACUACCCUCAACAUGCAGAAAAGCCUUCAUCGCCAACUGCCCCUGCCGCCGUGAACGAGCGACUUCAGCUGCCGCAAAACGCCGCUAAUCUUCCGCAUCAGCUUAGCCAGCCUCCGCAGCCGCAGCAAUUUGUUCUUUCUUCACAACCCUUUUGGGUACAGCCACAGCCGAGUAUUUCCUUUGGAGCAACUGAAGGUAGCUGGCAAUCUCCGGUGGCGAUUAGCGCUGGAGCCUCGCCGAUAUGUCAACCCCAAGCUCCUAAUUUCUAUUACCCUGUUGGAUAUCCGACGUAUCCAGGUUUUCCAGGUUCCAGGGAUGGCUCAAUUUGGUGGGGUCAAACACAACCAAUACUGUUUCCUGGAUUGUCCAAUUAUCCAAGAGCUUCAUGUGGUUUUGUAUCUUCUCAAUCUUGGCCAAUGCCAAUUCCUAGUUGUGUAACAUCAUCCUCUGGACAACCCCUUUUAAGAGGAGUCAUCAAACCACCUGAAAAGCUUUCUCAGAAGCAUCAAAAACUUUGGGAAGCUCAGUCUGCAGAAAAUGUACAAUUGUGGAGUAUGAUAGGAGAGUUGCAGGGGGAAUUAGCAGUCUACAAGGGCCGCUUGAGUAAGCUUGAAGCUGAAAUUUCAUGCUUACGAUCUGCAGCUACUAAUGAGCCUGCUGUGGAAGUUGGAAAUGAUGACAUUAUAUUGAGGGGACAACCAGCAAAGCGAGGAAGGUCGAAACGAGCUACAGCUCCAGUUGGUUCACAACCUCCUUUGCAGCCGCGUACACGAGUAAGAAAGCCAGCAGUUGCGAGGACAAAAGUAGAAGAAGCAAAACAAACUCUUCUUGGAAAAGAUAGCUUAAAUAAGGCGGAUGAUAAUAAACAUAAAUAUUUUACUUCCCUUGACAUUACAAAGCAAGACAAGAAUGAAGACAUUUCAGCUUCCAUCAAUCAAAACAAUGGGAUCGUGGAGAUUGAUGAUGACACUCUCAAGAUGCCUGUCUCUUUAGACACUCAAGUUCUUGAACAAUGCUCUGAAAUUCACCCAUGUGGAAUUGAAUUCAAGCCACCAUCAGUAUUGAAAUCUAAUUAUGAAGAAAAUUUCAUAUGGUCUUUAGGAAUCAUCUCCAAAGACUCCGAACCAAAUGACUUUAGUAUAGCCUCCCCAACAAUCUACACCAAUGGAAAUGUUACCAGACAAGGAAUAACUAGGUGGAACUUUAAACUCGAGGGCGGAACGGCUGAAUUGGGAUUUCCUCCUGCAGUAGUACACAAAACGGGGAACGAAGAAAUGGCAGAUGAAUUCAGCUCAGGACCUGAAGAGAUUGAAACACAAAAUGGUUCCUCCUGGUGUUGAAAGUAAGCUCUAAAUGAUCAAAUGUUGUUCUACGUCCAAUAUUAGGUAAUACACCAAAAUGAGCCAGAUACUGGAUAAUUCUGCCCCAAUUGGCAAGCUACUGCCACUUGAUGGAGAUGGUUUGACCAAAAUUUUGUACAAGGGCAGAAUGGAUUCAGCUUGCUUAAUAUGAAAUAAUAUUCCUCUUCAUCUAUUGAUGGGGCGGUGGCGUUCUGAAAUGGGCAGCCGGCGUUGACUAAUCAGAGAGGGAAACUGUUAACAGCGGUGACUGAGGGGUCAUCGGAGACCAUCAGCUACGUUGACGGAGAAAUAAGUGCCUAAAAGUGGGAGUCGGAAACCGACUUUUGAAACGAAAAAUCCGACGAAUCGGUCAAGAUGUGGACUCUCUUACGCGUCGGUCUAAAACGGGUAUUGAUGACAAGUCUAUUAAUGGGCAAAUUCUAGUUCUACUUAGUUUAGGAGAAUUAAUUUAUUCUACUUGCCAUAAUAGCAUUGUACAGAGCUGUUAUAUCCUAAAUAAUUUGGUCUUACUGGCUCCAAGAAAUUUAGGAUCCAUUCUCUACUGGAUCAAAGUUGUAAUUUAACAUAAAUUUAUAACUAAAAACUAGCAACUUUUUUUAGGAAAAAAAAUAACAAACAAACUAUAACAUACGUGUAUACUAACAUUUUUACAUAAUUGCAAAAUUAGUAUAAUCUAUCCAUUUAUAGACUCC